AUGAGUGUCGAAAUAGAGGCCACAGUCGGUGUUCGGGUCCACAGUCGGUGUUCGGAUCAACGGUCGGUGUUCGGGUCCACAGUCGGUGUUCGGGUCCACAGUCGGUGCUCGGGUCCACAGUCGGUGUUCGGAUCAACGGUCGGUGUUCGGGUCCACAGUCGGUGUUCGGAUCAACAGUCGAUUUCGGGUCCACAGUCGGUGUUCGGGUCCACAGUCGGUGCUCGGGUCCACAGUCAGUGUUCGGGUCCACAGUCAGUGUUCGGGUCCACAGUCGGUGUUCGGGUCCACAGUCAGUGUUCGGGUCCACGGUCGGUGUUCGGGUCCACAGUCGGUGUUCGGAUCAACGGUCGGUGUUCGGGUCCACGGUCGGUGUUCGGGUCCACAGUCGGUGUUCGGAUCAACGGUCGGUGUUCGGGUCCACAGUCGGUGUUCGGAUCAACAGUCGAUUUCGGGUCCACAGUCGGUGUUCGGGUCCACAGUCGGUGUUCGGAUCAACAGUCUGUGUUCGGAUCGACAGUCGAUUUCGGGUCCACGGUCGGUGUUCGGGUCCACGGUCGGUGUUCGGGUCCGCAGUCGGUGUUCGGGUCCACAGUCGGUGUUCGGGUCCACGGUCGGUGUUCGGGUCCACGGUCGGUGCUCGGGUCCACGGUCGGUGUUCGGGUCCGCAGUCGGUGUUCGGGUCCGCAGUCGGUGUUCGGGUCCACAGUCGGUGUUCGGGUCCACGGUCGGUGUUCGGGUCCACGGUCGGUGUUCGGGUCCACGGUCGGUGUUCGGGUCCACAGCCGGUGUUCGGGUCCACAGUCGGUGUUCGGGUCCACAGUCGGUGUUCGGGUCCACAGUCGGUGUUCGGAUCAACAGUCGGUGCUCGGGUCCACGGUCGGUGUUCGGGUCCACGGUCGGUGUUCGGGUCCACAGUCGGUGUUCGGAUCAACGGUCGGUGCUCGGGUCCACAGUCGGUGUUCGGGUCCACAGUCGGUGUUCGGAUCAACGGUCGGUGUUCGGGUCCACAGUCGGUGCUCGGGUCCACGGUCGGUGUUCGGGUCCACGGUCGGUGUUCGGGUCCACAGUCGGUGCUCAGAUCCACAGUCGGUGCUCGGGUCCACAGUCGGUGUUCGGGUACACAGUCGGUGCUCGGGUCCCCAGUCGGUGCUCGGGUCCACAGUCGGAGCUCGGGAGUCGGCGUUCGGAACCGCAGUCGGUCCAGGCCACAGCAGGCCACGCUCAGCGCCUGCCAUAAUACGUGCCUACGUCGCCGCCCGAACGAUGUAUGCUUCCAAAUUCUAG